GCGCGGGCGUGGCGGGGAGGAGGAGCGGGGCCGACGCGCCCGAAGCCCAGAGCCCCGCGCGCCGCCGCAGUCGGCGGCUGCGCCUUUCUUUCUCAGCCGUCAGGUCCCGGCUGCUCCCCGGUCACAGAGCGAGCGGGCAAGCCGGCAAAGCCGAGGGCGGCGCCGUCUGUGGGAACAGCUGCGCGCGGCGGGGGUUGGGGGGAGGCGGUCGAGCCUCUCGGCCCCGAGCCAGCUCGAGAGUGGAGGUUCUGGAUCCCGGGAGGAGUGAGGACCGCGGGAUGGAGCCUGAGUCGGGCACUCGGGACCCGCAGCUCCGGUCCCGUCGCGCUUUCGUCCCUUCUGGGUGACCUCAACCCCUUUAUACCGACCCCACCUCUCAGGCGCCGCGAGUACCGCCCCGUGGGGGAGGGGAAGAGGCGGUGACACCACGCUCGCGGGUUGGGCCGUCGCGGCUGCCGUAGUUCUCCCGCGGAAACGCAGUGCCGGGGUCCGCCGAGGCCGGGAGGUCCUGGCUUUCGCCACCAGCGGACAUCAGUGAGCGGGAUCGCGGGCUACCCGCGGAGCCACCGCGGUCAUGGCCGACUACUGGAAGUCACAACCAAAGAAAUUCUGUGAUUACUGCAAGUGCUGGAUAGCAGACAAUAGGCCUAGCGUUGAGUUUCAUGAAAGAGGGAAGAAUCACAAGGAAAAUGUGGCCAGGAGGAUCAGUGAGAUUAAACAGAAAAGCUUGGAUAAGGCAAAGGAAGAGGAAAAGGCAUCCAAGGAGUUUGCUGCCAUGGAGGCAGCUGCCCUGAAGGCAUACCAAGAGGAUCUGAAAAGGCUUGGCUUACCGUCAGACAUUUCAGAGCCAACUAUAUCACCAGUCAUCAGCACUGUCCAGCCCACCCCUACCUCAGAUCAACCGAAAGAGAAGAAAAAGAAGAAGAAAAAGAAAGAAGCUUCAAAGGGUAGAUGGGUAGAAGGCGUGACGGCUGACGGCCACUGUUAUUAUUAUGACCUCAUCACCGGAGCAUCUCAGUGGGAGAAGCCAGAAGGAUUUCAAGGAAACUUAAAAAAGACAGCAGCAAAGGCCGUCUGGGUAGAAGGUUUAAGUGAAGACGGUUACACCUAUUACUAUAACACAGAAACAGGAGAAUCCAAAUGGGAAAAGCCUGAUGAUUUCAUUCCACAUGGUGGUGAUGUGCUUUCUAGUAAGGACAGUGAAAAGUUGCCUGACCCCCUAGAAGACUCCAAAUCAUCCGAUUCUCACAGCGAUUCUGAUGGUGAACAGAAGAAAGCGGGAGAGGCCUCUGCAGAAACAAAGAAGCUAAUAAUCAAGUUUAAGGAAAAAAAUAAAAGUACUGAGAAAAGAAUUGGCCCAGAAAUACAAAAAGAAAAAAGUACUCAAAAACAGAAUCCGUCAAAUACAAAUGAAGAAAAACCCAAAACUCUGAAGAAGUCGACGAACCCUUAUGGGGAAUGGCAAGAAAUUAAACAAGAGGCUGCUGAGUGUCAAGAAGAAGUCGAUUUGGAACUUCCAAGCACUGAAGGUGAAUGUCUACCAACUUCAGAGGCUGGCGCUGGGGAGAUCAAAGUGGUAUUUAAAGAGAAAACAGUUUCUUCUCUGGGAGUUGCAGCAGAUGGAGUGGCCCCUGUCUUCAAAAAGAGAAGAAUUGAAAAUGGAAAAUGUCGAAAUUUGAGACAGCGAGGUGACGAUGAGUGAAGCUCCAGGCAGAGGAGGCGUGUCCUUUCCAAGCUCCUCCGUGCUGUGAAUACUGUAGUGCUGGAUUUUACAUUUAUGCUAAAUAUAUUUUAUGUGAAUCAAAAUAAAUCUUUUUUCAUGUGAAA